AUGGAUAAAAUAAUUAUGAUUUUCCUCUUAUACACAACAAGGAUGUAUUGUUAGCUUAAUUCUUAAUGGACUACUAUAUAUAAUGGAGUUUACGAAGCCAAGAAUAUUUAUUGUACUAAUAUUAAUUGCAUCUAUGGUUUCAAAAACUCUCUAACAAAUAGUCCAGCCAAUUUUGUUAAUUGCUCAAGUUCCCCAUAAACCGCAAUUUUAUUAGACAGCUUAUAAAUGUCAAUUAUUUAAAGUUAAACAACCUUAAGCCCUUUAACUCCUAAUGUUAAAAAAUUAUUGCUUUUUGAUGUCUAUUUCACAUCUUAAUGGAUGAAUGACGCAAUCGAUAUCAAUUACGAUAGUUAUUAUUAUCAAGUAAGAUAUACCACAUAAGACCCUUUAUAUUUUUCUUAAGGAUUAUGCAGUUCGAUUUAAUUUGAAAUUAAAACUUUUUAUCUUAUCUUACCUUACACAUCUAGCAAUUUCACUUACCCUAUUUUUUCAAUAGUCAACCCUAUAAAUUAGGCUUAAAUUAGAAAUGUACAUGUUGGUUUUUUAUCAUGCUAUCCAAAAUGCUUAUCAUGUAAUGGGCCAAACAUGAUAGAUUGCUUAGUUUGGGAUGUAAUAUUCAGUAGAUGUUCACUUAGACAAAGUAUUUUGCCUAAUGGAACUUGCGUAAAUCAAUGCCCAAUAAAAAAUUCAAUAGUAAGGUCUUAAAAUCGAAUUUGUGUUGACUUUAAACAAAUAUCAUUUUUUUGGUCUAAUUUAGCUACUUUAGAUUUGACAACGUUAUUAAAUUGGAAUAUAAUAUAUGAUCCAUUGCAUCUCGAUGUAUCAAAUAAAAAGGUUUCCCCCUACAAUUUUGGAGUAUUUCACUUUAGAGAAGGGGCAUAUAUUGCUAUGAAUAUAAAUUCCGGAAAUUAUACAGUGGGAGCACAGAUCUAAAUAGUUUUCUGUAAUUCAAUACCAGCAGGAUCAGGAGUGUCAUUUUAUGUUAAUUCUACCUAUUAUGGUUCAACUUUCUAUGAUGGUACCCAAUUCAAAUUUGAUAAUGUUAAUUUAAGAGAUUUAAAGGCUUAUCCAAAUACAGGGUAAUGUACAAAUAAUAUCUUUAUUGAACUUGAUAUGUUUUUCCCUAUUUUGUAGAAGAAAUUCAUGUUUAUAAUCCAAGGGAAUUUUACUUAACCGAAUGCAGGGUGGUUUUUUAGAUUAUUUACAUUAACUUCUGGUUUUUGCCCUCUUAACUGUAUUCUAUGUAAUUAAAGAUACAUGUGUUAAACUUGUGCAAGUGGAUUCUACAAAGUAUCAGAUGGAACUUGUUCCUUAUAAUAUUGUCCUGCUGAUUCACUUCUAAUCAAUUCGAUUUGCGUAUAUUAUAAUUAAGAAACUAAAUAUUCCAAAUAUUUAAUCAAAGAAUUCUAUGAUUUCACAGUAAAGGAUACCUUAAAUGCAACUUUUCUGUUGGAAACUAGUUUUCCUACAGAUUUUUAAAAAGGACCUGACAUUUUUUGGUCUUAUCUAACUAAUAAAACCAUCUUUGGAGGAAAAUUUGUCUGGGCAUAAUCUAGAUUUUCCUAGAUAUAUACUUUGGAUCCACAUCAUUCAUUAACUAUAUAUUUCUAGAUUAUAUUUGGUCCCAAUUUUCCAGUUUCCCCUUUAAAUUAUUUUUCAUAUGAAAUUAAUAAUGGUACUGAAUAAAGAGUUUUAUAAUCACUAAAUCCAGUUUAGAUUAUAGAGAAGGUCUUAACCUAUAAUCCAACAUUGACAAUUGCUAUAUAAUGUUAUGGUGUUGAUGUUGUCGAUUCCUAUUGUGGAAUAUCAAACUAUUAUAUUGUUGUUCAUUACUGUAAACCAUAUUGCAAUUAAUGUACAAAUGAAUUAACUUGCGAUUAAUGGAUGGCUUACAAUCCAAGUGUUGUAAAAGUAGAAUAAUCAUAAUGUUUAUCGAAUUAAUUUUUAGAUGAAACUACUUCCACAUGUGAAGACUGCCCUAAUGAAUGUCUUACUUGUUUUAAUGAAUAUGAAUGUUUAACAUGCCAGCCUAAUUUUCGAUUGGUAUCUACCACUUGUAUUUUAAAUUGUCAACUUAAUUAAUACUAUGACGGUACAAGUUGCUUAAAUUGCCAUUAUAGUUGCAAAUAGUGUUAGUCAAGCAACUAUUGUAUACAUUGUGAAACUAAAUCUUUGCGAUAUCUUGAAAAUGGAUAAUGUAUAUGCUAUGAUGGUUAUUUUGACUAAAAUAAUAUACAAUAAUGUUAACCAUGUGAUAAACUAUGUAGUAAAUGCAGUGGACCUACUAAUAAAAAUUGUUAAGCUUGUACAGUUUUAAAUUAUUUAAUAUUAAAUGGAAAUACUUGUGAAUGCAGUAAUGGAUAUUACUUUGAUGAAUAUUAAUUGAAAUGUUUGGCUUGUUCAAAAAAGUGUGAAAAUUGCUUUGAGUCAUCAAAUUCUUCUUGUUUAUCUUGUCAUUCAACACAAUUAAGAGUUCUAGAUGGAUUUGAUUGUAAAUGCCAAUUGGGAUAUUAUGAUAAUAGUUCAGAUUCGUGUAUUUAAUGUCCUGCUGUGGAAGAUAGUUCACUUACCUCUUGUUAUAAGAUUUGUGGAAAUGGCAUUUCCAUUUGGUUUAAUUAGAGUUGUCCUACAAUUAUUUGUCCAUCUGGUUACAAUAAUGUAAAUGAUUAAUGCUUACCUAUUUGUGGAGAUUUAUAAGUAGUAACAGAAGAACAAUGUGAUGAUGGAAAUUUAAUCUAAUUUGAUGGAUGUCAUAAUUGUAGAUUUCAAUGUCCUGCCUAAUGUACUGUUUGUAAUAGUACAACAGUUUUUCCUUGUUUAGACAUUUGUGGAGAUGGAGUAGUUAGUGGAUUAGAAGAAUGUGAUGAUUCGAACUCUAUUUAAUUUGAUGGAUGCUAUCAAUGUAAAAACGAAUGUUAACCAUAAUGUACAAGAUGUAACAAAGGAACAUGUACUGAAUGUCUUGAGUUUGGCUGGACUUUAGAUCCAUAUAACAGAGUAUGUAUUGAAUCAUGCGGAGAUAAAAUCUAAGUUGGAAAUGAGUAAUGUGAAGAUAUGAACACUCUAAUGUUGGAUGGAUGUUAUAAUUGUAGGUUGUCAUGUUAAUAAUCAUGUUUUACAUGCACAAAUAUUGGGUGUACAUCAUGUACGGCUGGCUUUAGACUUAUAGACCAUUAUUGUAAAAAUAUAUGUGGAGAUUCAGUAAUUGUGGAAGGAGAGGAUUGUGACGAUGGCAAUUAAUUUGCAUUUGAUGGAUGUCAUCAAUGUGUUUAUUAAUGUUAAACAUAAUGUUUGCAUUGUCUGAAAGGAGUUUGUUUAUUUUGUAUUGAUGGAUAUGAAGUGUAGAAUGGUGUUUGUGUAGAUAUACAUGAAAUUUCAAUAAUUCCUUAUUAGGAAUAAUACAAACCAAAAAUAAUUGAAUUUUGCAAAAUAUUUAUCUAAGGAAUCUGUUAAGAAUGCCAGAAAGGAUAUUUAUUGAAUUAAAAUGUUUGCUAAUUUUAGAGAAAAAAUGAAAUAGUUAAAUUAAAGGUUCUGGAAGCUUUACCUUAGUUUAUUUAAUUUUGUUAUUUUUAGAUAAAUGCUUAGUGUAUUAUUUGUGAUAAGAAUUUUGAAUUAGAUAUAUUUACUAACACAUGCAUACCAAUUUGUGGAGAUGGGAUAAUAUCUGGAACAGAAGAAUGUGAAGAUUUAAAUUGGUUGGUGCUUGAUGGAUGUUAUCAAUGUAAGUAUCAAUGUAGUUCAAAUUGUGAAAUUUGUGAGUUUGGCGAGUGUAUUCAUUGUGAAAUUAAUACAAUUAUUGUUCCAGCCACUUUUUAAUGUGAAGUAUUAGAAAUAUGUACAUAACCAGGAAGUUACUAUAAUCAAGACACUAAUUAAUGUUAUAGUAUUUGUGGAGAUGGUGUUAUAUAUUAGAAAGAGGAGUGUGAUGAUGGCAAUGACAUCGAAUUUGAUGGAUGCCAUAAAUGUAAAUAUUCAUGUCUACCAGGUUGUAAGUGCAUUAAAGGAGAAUGCUAUAGAGAUCAGAUUAAUUGUGAAUAAGGAUUAUACUAUUCAUUUGCAAGUUAAUCUUGUAGACCAUAAUGUGGAGAUGGAAUUAUAGUAUAACCCUUUGAAGAAUGCGAUGAUAGUAAUGAAAUUACUGAUGAUGAAUGCCAUCUAUGCAAAUUAUAAUGUGGUAUUAAUUGUUUAGAAUGUUCGCCAUAAAAUAUCUGUUUAUAAUGCAUAUAAGGAUAUGAACUAGUUAAUAUGACUUGCUAUGAAUAAACGAUUUCAUGCGGAAAUAGUGGUUGUAAACUUUGUGAAAAUGACUUAUGUUUGACUUGUUUGACUGGAUAUUAUUUAAUCAAUGAUAUGUGUUAUUCUUUAUGUGGAGAUGGAAUUAUGGCUGAUUUAGAAGAGUGCGAUGAUGCCAAUCUAUUAAAUGGGGAUGGUUGUGAUAAUAAUUGCACAGAAUCAAAGAAUAGUAAAUGUAAAGAUAAUGAAUGUGUUGUAUUAGGUUCAACAUAUUCAUUUUUAGAAAUUGAAAAAGAAUAGUCAGGUGUUCAAUAUGUCAAACUUAGAUACUCUACUAAAAUGAGAUUAAUAGAUGGUUUCACUUAAUAAGAUUAUCUCGAUAAUUUAAAAUUUGAGAUUGAAAAUUAAACAGAUGUGGUAUUUAUUUAAAUUAUGCCAAAAAUAAAUAUUACAUAUGACCUUUAAUUUGUAGAUAUUCAAGUAUCGAUUGAAUUCAUUAAAUAUUGUUAAAAUCCUAUACUUAAAUUACGAUUUACGGAUAAAAGUAUUUUAGUUAAUUAGGAUGGAGCUGAGAUUUAAUAAGAUAUCUUAAGAAUAACGCUAUUAUCAUCAAACUUUUUAAAAGAAUAAGAAUAAAAGGUUAUAAAAUCUUUAAUUGGGCUUAAUGAUUACAUGUUGAAAUUUGCGGCAUUGUUAAUUGCUAUAUCAUCUAUAUCAGGAUAAUCUGAAAUCAUUUCCAAUUUAUUAGAUACUAUUUAAUAACUUUAUUAUUUAAAAUACAUUAAUUCAAGAAUUGGAGUAAAUCUACAAAGAUUUUUUGAAACAUUUAAAAUAAUUCAAUUAACCAAUUUUUUUGAUUUACUUGGAAUUAAUCCUAAUGGAUCUAUGUCAAGUAUUGUAUCAUUUUACCAUUCUGAAUACGUCUUCGAAAGUGAUGAUAGGAAUGCAAAUUAUUUAAAUAAUAUUGCCCAAAUAAUUUUAGUUUACUUAAUAUUUUUUCCUACAUAUUUUUCCUUUAAAAAAGCAACUUUUUAUUUGUUGAAAAAAAUUGAUUAAUUGACAGGUUUUUAUUCUAAUCAUGUGUUAGUUGCUGUAGUAAGUGCUAUACAAAAACUUUGUCUUAGAAUUUAAAUGAAUAAUCUAAUUGAAUCAAUAUAAGCAAUUUUUUUAACGAUGAUAUAUGAAUUUGGAAUCAAUACAUUCUUAGCCUUAAAAUAUCAAAAAUCUGAUUCUGAAGGUAAAUUAGGUGUUUCAAUUGCAAUUUUAAUACUAUAUGGAGUUAUAUUAUUAUUAAUCUCAAAUACUUCAUUAACCAUUCAUAUAGCAAAAUCAUAAUAAUUAUCCUAAUAAAAGAAUAACAGCUUUACUUAUUUAUGUAUGCAAAAAAUGUUUUUUAUUUCAUUUAUCAUCUUUUUUUUUGAAUCCUCUUAAAUUCAAAUAUUACUAUGCCUUUUAAACGAAUUCCAAUAUAUUUACUUUCUUUAUAUUCGAAAAAUCUAAAUGCUACCAUCAGAAAAUUUUAAGUAAUUCACAUCUCAUUUCCUACAAUUCAUUAUUUUCGGAAUGUAUCUAGUCAAUGACUUUUAUUAAUAUUAAGCAGAUGUUUUAAUUAUUAUAGGUUGGAAUAUAAUUGGUUUAAUGAGUACUAUACUCUUUAUGACUUUAAUAAUUGAUCUAAUCAAAAUUAUUCAUCCAAUCUGGUAAAAAUGCAAAGCGUCAAAAACAUCCGAACUUUCGAAUAACAAACAAGAAAUUUUUUGUAUAGUUGAGAACCCCUGUAAUGCUUAAAGGAGAUUUACAGUUUGA